AGCCCAUGCCCGUGCCCAUGUGUAUGUAUGUAAUUGAAUUGUAACUGUCUUAGACUGACUGUGUAACUAAGGUGGCUUUUGGAAAAGCGACCAUUACAUUUGAACCACCGCCACCGCCACCGCCACCGUCGCCGGUAUAGGGGAGCGUCUCUUUUGUUUUUCCGGGAUGGGGAUCAGGGGAGUGGGGUUGCUUCGGUUUUCCCAACUCCCAAAUCAUUUCCACUAGAACAUAAAGAUUAUAGGAAAUGAAGGAAAUUACCGCACUUGGAUUUGGAUUUGACUUCUACUUAGGAUGGAGAGGAGAGAGAGAGCUAUGAAUAUGAAUAUGAAAUGAAUUAGCUCUUGCUCUGCUGUUUCAAACUUAUGAAUGAAAGCUGAUGGUGAUGAAUAUGAAGACUACACCUACAACCAUUAACCAUGACCAUAGCCUCUUAAGAUCCCGAAGCCGUCGAUGGCGCCAGAGCAGCAUGGGAACUGCUGUCGUGGCUGUUGCAGCACUCCUAAUUGCCACCACUGCUUGGCUUUCUCUUGUUUUCUCUGGCACCACCACCCGCUGUUGGCACCGCUUUAAGGACUGGGAAGCCACUCCUCAUUCUCUUCUUUGGAACAAACGACAUUAUGAUGUAAUCUCUCUAUUGCCUCCGCCUCUACUGCCAUCCCCACCUCCGCCUCCACCUCCUCCCCCAUAUCCAGAACUCACCCUUAAGCACAUUGUCUUUGGCAUUGCUGGUUCAUCACAACUUUGGAAACGUCGCAAGGAAUAUGUGAGGCUAUGGUGGCGACCCAACGAUAUGCGUGGCCAUGUAUGGUUGGAAGAGGCUGUGCCCUCUGAAGACAGUGAUGAUUUAUUGCCCCCAAUAAUGGUAUCUGAAGACAUCUCUCGCUUUCGUUACACCAACCCCACUGGCCACCCUUCUGGACUAAGAAUCUCUCGAAUUGUGGCUGAGUGCUUUCGCCUCAAAUUGCCUCAUGUCCGUUGGUUUGUUUUGUCUGAUGAUGAUACCAUCUUUAAUGUCGACAACCUCGUCACAGUUCUUCGCAAGUAUGAUCCCUCUGAGAUGGUUUACAUAGGCAACCCUUCCGAGAGUCAUUCAGCCAAUUCUUACUUCAGUCAUUCGAUGGCUUUUGGUGGAGGAGGAGUUGCUAUUAGCUACCCUUUGGCCAAAGCGCUUUCCCGCAUUCAAGAUGAUUGCUUAGAGAGAUAUCCAAAGCUGUAUGGGAGUGAUGACAGGCUUCAUGCAUGCAUCACCGAGCUAGGAAUACCUUUGACUAGAGAACCUGGAUUCCACCAGUGGGAUAUUAGAGGCAAUGCACACGGUCUUUUAUCCUCCCAUCCCAUUGCACCAUUUCUAUCAAUUCAUCAUGUUGAAGCAGUCGACCCUUUCUACCCAGGCUUGAGCUCUUUGGAGAGUUUGAAGCUUUUUACAAAGGCUAUGAACGUUGACCCUACUAGCUUCUUACAACGAUCAAUUUGCUAUGAUCAUGGUCGCCGCCUUACUUUUGCAGUCUCGCUUGGUUAUGUUGUUCAAGUGUUCCCCAACAUCGUGCUUCCUCGUGAGUUAGAACGCUCUGAACAAACUUUUUCUGCUUGGAAUGGAAUAAGGCAUAGAAAUGAGUUUGAUUUUGACACCAGAGAUCCGUACAAGUCUAUUUGUAAGAAGCCUAUACUUUUUUUCUUAAAAGAUGCUGGAAGGGAAGGUAAUUUUUCAGUAGGUUCAUAUGCUCGUGCUAGAGGCAAAGAUGAUUUAAAAAAGAAGUUUCUUUGCUUUCCUCAUUUGCUCGCUUUUCGCCAUGUGCAAAGAAUUCGUGUCCUGGGGCAUCCGCUAACCAAGAAAUGGCAUUUGGUACCUCGCAGGUUAUGCUGCAAAGUGAACCAAGGCAGUGAAGAAAUAUUAACCUUAAGUGUAGGGCAAUGUAGAAAAGGAUCUUCGGGUUCUGUUGCUGAUUCUAUGUGAAAAUCAUCAUAUAUGUUCUUACUCUUACUCUGACCCUUCCAAAAAUAGAUUUGAGGAUAUAUGUUGUUAAUUGCAGAUAGUAAGUGUACUGUAGUGUAGAGUGAUAUGUACUACUUGUUAAAAUUGAUUAAUAUGAAAACGAGCUGAGCAGAGGAGUUGACAUUCA